AUGUUCGUUCCACCAUGUGCAUGUAAAGGUAUUCGUUCAUGUAAACUUUGUGAAACAACAAAAGAUCAUUUAAUAAAUGAAUCUACAACAACAACAAUAUCAAAUAUAAUUUAUAUUUAUUGUGAUACAUGUCGUCAAGCAAUACGUAUGGAUAUAUAUGAAUUAAAUUCUCAAUGUCCACAUAAUAAUAAUAAUAUUGAUAAUAAUGAUAUAAGUUUUCCAUUAGAUGGUAUUUAUAUUGUUUCGGAUUUUCUUAAUGAAAAUGAAGAAAAUAAUCUAUUAAAUAAUAUUGAUAAUGAUAUAUGGAUACCAUCACAAUCAGGUCGUUUAAAACAAGAUUUUGGUAUAAAAAUAAAUUUUAAAAAACAAACAAUUAAAACAAAAUAUUUUACUGGUAUGCCAAUGCAUUCAAAAUAUAUUAUUGAACGUUUACAAACAUAUAGAUUAAUAAAAGAUUUUCAAUCUGUUGAAUUAUGUAAUUUAGAUUAUAAU